CUUACAUAACCAUGACUUCAGGGGACAGGAGCAGGCUGUGAAUGAACCUCCCAAACUCAGGAACAUGAUAGCAGAACACAGCCUUUGAAUUUCUCUCUCGCUUGGCUUGAAAAUCAGCUUCGGAAACCUCUUUCUCUCAAACUAGACUUCCGUUACUCUCAGAACUUCUUUCCCUUCCCCUCCGGCCAUCCAGUUCAUGGACAUAUAGCAUGUUAGAAUUAGAAGGGGGCUCAGACGUCUCAGUGCCGUUGUUCACAGAUUUAACCCAGAGACUGACUUCCCUCUAGGAGCACCCACAGCCGUCUUCAUGGUCGGGGACAGGUAGUGGCAGCAGGCACAGGAAGCGCAGCUCGGCUGUACCGGGACAAUGAGUGCGCUCAAACCCAGCGGGCUCAAGGUCCCCACCAAGAUCCUCAAGCCUGGCAGCACAGCCUUGAAGACACCCACUGCUGUCGCAGCUCCAGCAGAAAAAGCAAUAUCCAGUGAAAAAGCAUCAGGCGCCCCUUCCUCUGAGACACAAGAGGAAUUUGUGGACGACUUCCGAGUUGGGGAGCGAGUUUGGGUGAACGGAAAUAAGCCUGGAUUUAUACAGUUUCUGGGUGAAACUCAGUUUGCACCAGGCCAGUGGGCCGGGAUUGUUCUAGAUGAACCCAUAGGCAAGAAUGAUGGCUCAGUGGCAGGAGUCCGGUAUUUCCAGUGUGAACCUUUAAAGGGCAUAUUCACCCGACCUUCCAAGUUGACAAGGAAGGUGCAGGCUGAAGAUGAAGCCAGUGGCCUGCAGACAACUCACGCUUCCAGAACGACCUCGCCUCUGUCCACUUCUGCAGCCAGCAUGACAGCCUCCUCCCCAGCCACCCCCUCACAUAUUCCCCAGAAGUCGUCCCAGGCAACAGCAAAGGAACCUUCAACUACACCGCCCAUCAGCAACCUCACAAAAACUGCCAGUGAAUCCAUCUCCAACCUCUCGGAGGCUGGCUCGGUCAAGAAAGGAGAGCGAGAACUCAAAAUUGGAGACAGAGUACUGGUCGGUGGCACUAAGGCUGGUGUAGUCCGGUUUCUCGGGGAGACGGACUUUGCCAAGGGGGAGUGGUGUGGUGUGGAGUUAGAUGAGCCUCUUGGGAAGAAUGACGGGGCUGUUGCUGGCACAAGGUAUUUUCAGUGUCAACCCAAAUAUGGCCUGUUUGCUCCCGUCCACAAAGUGACCAAGAUCGGCUUCCCUUCCACCACGCCCGCCAAAGCCAAGGCCGCUGCGGUGAGGCGAGUGAUGGCCACCACGCCCGCCAGCCUGAAGCGCAGCCCGUCCGCGUCCUCUCUCAGCUCCCUGAGCUCGGUGGCCUCCUCCGUGAGCAGCAAGCCCAGUCGCACAGGAUUAUUGACUGAAACCUCCUCCCGGUACGCCAGGAAGAUCUCCGGCACCACCGCCCUCCAGGAGGCCCUGAAAGAGAAGCAGCAGCACAUUGAGCAGCUGCUGGCCGAACGGGAUCUAGAGAGGGCGGAGGUGGCCAAGGCCACGAGCCACGUGGGGGAAAUAGAGCAGGAGCUAGCCCUGGCCCGGGACGGACACGACCAGCAUGUCCUGGAGCUGGAGGCCAAGAUGGACCAGCUGCGAGCCAUGGUGGAAGCUGCCGACAGGGAGAAAGUGGAACUGCUCAACCAACUAGAAGAGGAGAAAAGGAAGGUGGAGGAUCUUCAGUUCCGAGUGGAAGAAGAAUCAAUUACUAAAGGCGACCUUGAGCAAAAGAGCCAGAUUUCUGAAGAUCCUGAGAAUACGCAGACCAAACUGGAGCAUGCCCGCAUUAAGGAGCUUGAACAGAGCCUGCUCUUUGAAAAGACCAAAGCUGACAAACUCCAGAGGCAGUUAGAAGACACUAGGGUGGCUACAGUAUCAGAAAAGUCUCGUAUAAUGGAGCUAGAGAAAGACCUAGCGUUGAGAGUGCAGGAAGUAGCCGAGCUGCGAAGAAGGCUCGAGUCCAAUAAACCUGCCGGGGAUGUUGACACGUCGCUCUCCCUUUUGCAAGAGAUAAGCUCUUUGCAAGAGAAGUUAGAAGCCGCCCGUACUGACCACCAAAGAGAAAUCGCUUCGCUGAAGGAGCGCUUUGGAACCCAGGAGGAGACGCAUCAGAAGGAGGUGAAGGCUCUGCAGGCUGCCUCAGAGAAGCUCUCCAAGGAGAACGAGUCGCUGAAAAGCAAGCUUGACCACGCCAACAAGGAGAACUCAGACGUGAUAGCCCUGUGGAAGUCCAAGCUGGAGACCGCCAUCGCGUCCCACCAGCAGGCCAUGGAGGAGCUGAAGGCUUCCUUCAGCAAGGGGGUGGGGACAGAGACGGCCGAACUGGCCGCACUGAAAACGCAGAUAGAGAAAAUGAGACUAGAUUACCAGCACGAAAUAGAAAGCUUGCAGAAUCAACAAGACUCCGAACGGUCUGCUCACACCCAAGAGAUAGAAGCCGUCAGGGCAAAGCUGAUGGAGGUCAUUAAGGAGAAAGAGAACAGUCUGGAAGCUGUCCAGUCGAAACUGGACAAGGCAGAAGACCAGCACCUGGUAGAAAUGGAAGACGCCUUGAACAGACUGCAGGAAGCCGAGACAAAGGUAAAGGAGCUAGAGGUGCUGCAAGCCCAAUGCAAUGAGCAAACCAAGGUUAUCGAUAGUUUUACGUCGCAGCUCAAGGCUGCCGAGGAAAAGCUGCUGGAUCUGGACGCUCUGCGGAAAGCCAGUUCCGAAGGUAAAUUGGAGAUCGAGAAACUUAGACAGCAGUUUGAGGCAGCUGAGCAACAGAUUAAGAAUUUAGAGGUGGAAAGGAAUGCUGCAAGUGACAAGGCUAGUAGCAUUUCCAAAGAGCUGCAGGGGAAAGAGCUCACACUCAGCAAACUCCAGGACCACGUGAGUGAAGUCAGUCACGUGAAAGAGGCUUUGGAGAAAGAACUUCAGGUGUUGAAAGAAAAGUUUGCUGGCGCUUCAGAGGAGGCGGUUUCUGUCCAGAGGAAUAUGCAAGAAACUGUAAAUAAAUUACACCAAAAAGAGGAGCAGUUUAAUGCGCUGUCUUCUGAAUUGGAGAAGUUGCGAGAAAACCUAACAGGCAUGGAGGCAAAAUUUAGAGAGAGAGAUGAAAGAGAAGAUCAGUUGAUCAAGGCAAAAGAAAAGCUGGAAAAUGACAUUGCAGAAAUAAUGAAAAUGUCAGGAGAUAAUUCUUCUCAGUUGACAAAAAUGAAUGACGAGUUACGUCAGAAAGAAAGGUGUUUUAUAGGAGUAACGCCCAGAGGCGACUCAUUUCUUCUCUCGGGGCUCCCGCAGGAAAAGAAGAUGGAGACGAGCCACAACCAGUGUCAAGAUCUGAAAGCCAGGUACGAGGAAGCCAGUUCUGAGACCAAGGCGAAGCAUGAGGAGGCUCUGCAGAAGCUGCAGACGCUGCUGCGGGGCACCGAGGAGAGGCUGGCGGCCACCCAGGAGCAGAACAAGGACUUGUUGCAGGAAGUGGUGGAACUGAAAAAACAAGCAGAGGAUGCUAGAGCUGCACAGACAGCAGAAGACGCCAUGCAGAUCAUGGAGCAGAUGACCAAAGAGAAGUCGGAAACUCUCGCCUUCUUGGAGGAUACCAAGCAAACCAAUGAAAAACUCCAGAAUGAAUUGGAUACACUUAAAGAAAACAACUUGAAAAAUGUGGAAGAGCUGAACAAGUCGAAAGAACUUCUGACUGUCGAGAAUCAGAAAAUGGAAGAAUUCAGGAAAGAAAUAGAAACCCUGAAGCAGGCAGCUGCUCAGAAGUCCCAGCAGCUUUCAGCACUGAAAGCGGAGAACGUGAAACUUGCCGAGGAGCUGGGGCGAAGCAGGGACGAAGUCACGAGUCAUCAGAAGGUGGAAGAGGAGAGAUCUGUGCUCAACAAUCAGUUGUUAGAAAUGAAAAAGAGAGAAUCCCAGUUGAUAAAAGACGCAGAUGAGGAAAAAGCCUCCUUGCAGAAGUCCAUCAGCAUUACUAGUGCCUUACUCACGGAGAAGGAUGCCGAGCUGGAGAAGCUGAGGAACGAGGUCACGGUGCUCAGGGGAGAAAACGCCUCUGCCAAGUCCCUGCAUUCAGUUGUCCAGUCUCUCGAGUCCGACAAGGUGAAGCUCGAGCUCAAGGUAAAGAACUUGGAGCUUCAACUCAAGGAGAACAAGAGGCAGCUCAGCAGCUCCUCAGGUAAUACUGAUACUCAGGCGGAAGAGGACGAAAGAGCCCAGGAGAGUCAGAUUGACUUCCUAAAUUCAGUAAUAGUGGACCUUCAGAGGAAGAAUCAAGACCUCAAGCUGAAGGUGGAAAUGAUGUCAGAAGCAGCCCUUAAUGGGAAUGGCGAUGACCUAAACAAUUACGACAGUGACGACCAGGAGAAACAGUCCAAGAAGAAACCUCGCCUCUUCUGUGACAUAUGUGACUGCUUCGAUCUCCACGACACAGAGGACUGUCCCACCCAGGCGCAAAUGUCGGAGGACCCCCCUCACUCCACACACCACGGCAGUCGGAGCGAGGAGCGCCCGUACUGUGAGAUCUGUGAGAUGUUUGGGCACUGGGCAACCAACUGCAACGACGACGAGACCUUCUGACGAAGCCUCACAUCCAGGACUGGGCUUUCUCGGACGCACCAGCAUCUGGGCAACCGAACACCAGCAUUACGUGUGCAGACUUCCGGACCACUCACGUUAUUUUUGACCCCCACCAACAAAUCUAAGAAAAUAUUUUGAUCUUCAACAAAUCGCCCUUUUAGUUUCCCCGUAUACAUUAGAAUAAUAAAUACUUAGGAGGUGAGUUUUCACCUCUUAUUUUUGGCGUCUUGAUUUUUAAGUUCCAACAGGACGUUGCACCUGAGGUCGUUACAUAGAUUGUCCCGAGGGAAACCUCCAAGAACAAUCCCUACCCUCCAGUACCUUAUUUAAGUAACUUUAAAUUAUGCCAUUCUCAUAUUUGCACUAAAAUCUUCCCAGGCUGCGUUUUUGUAUAGUGAGAUGUUUUAGUUAAGCUUUGACACUGGAAUGAGUUGAAAAACAAUGCCAUUUUGCAUUUUCAUCUACUCAUCUAGAGCAUUUUAUUUUUAGUUGAAAUAUCUGAGAUCUUUGCACUACCUGAUGUCAGUAGUGCCUUUACUUCAGGCGUGGUAUCACUUAGGUGUGAUGUUAAAUCAUGAAACAGGUAAAGGGAGGGGGGAGCCCCCAAACUGCUGUGGGACGUUUUAUAAUCGAUAUGCUGCACCCACUUACUCUACUGUGGCGCUUUGUGUAUUGGUUUUGCAUAAUUUCAGCUAUAUAUUGUAUGUAUAUAUUUUUUAAAAAUCUCUAUUUUGGGAAAAAGGAUUCACAAUUGUGUCUUUCUUUUCAGAUUUUUACCUUUAUGAAAAAGAAAACACUUAGAAUGUUUAUCAGGAUGUAAUGGGCUAGGCCAGAAAUAGCAUCACACAGCUUUGGAGCUAUUUUUUAUUUUUGUUUUCAUUUUGUUUCUUUUUCAGAUCUAAAUGAAUACAAUAUUUUUCCUUCUCUAGCAGAUAUCCCCAGCAGUCGAUUAAUUAGAUAAUAAGCUGCUAUACAACACUUACAUUAACCAAUCUACAAUCUUUACAAGUUGUAUUUACUGUCUUUUUAGAUGAAUGUAUGAUGAGAAAUUCAAUAUUAAUAAUUUUGGAUUUUCUUAUCACAAAAAAUUAAAUGAAGGACCUCAGCCACCAGAAGUUUAUCAACCAGUUUUAUUAAACUAUUUAUCUUGUUUUGAAUUGAAUGUCUUCUAGAAGAUGUAAAAAGUAAUAAAUAAAUGUAUCUCCAUGCUACGUGUAUAAUAAGAACUUCUAUAAUUGUACAUAUGCCUUUGAUGUAUUUUCCCCUCAAGAUUAUUAACUGUAUUUGACAAGUGAAAAACCUGUAAUCAAUUGAAAUUUCUGGUUAUAAACAUAAUAGGAAUUGUUUCACAAACAAUAUGUAAAGCAGUAUUAAAAUUUGAGCAAAAAA